AACUUCAACAAGGCGUUCAAGGCCCAAUCCCAAUUCAAGACGCUCCGCGAUAUGCUCGACCCGCAAGGUCCCGACUGCGGCAACACGCUCACGACCGGCGCCAAGAAGUCGAUUCCAUCAGACGGCACGAUGACGUGGCAGAAUCCCGACACGGGCGAAGGGUUUGUGCCCAGCCACACGGGUCCGUGUGAAGUCUGGCUCGACGACAAGCGCGUCUUCCAGAACGACGACUGCGCGACCAACUUUCCGGCCAAGCCGGCCGCGCACCUUCCCAUCGAUUACUCGAGCUGCUCGGGCGACGGCUGCAUGCUGCGCUUCUACUGGCUCGCGCUGCAUGAGCCCAUGUGGCAAGUCUACAAGAACUGCGUCCCGCUUGAAGGCAACGGCGAAAAGCCGUCGCCCACCGAUGCUCCGACG